ACCUCUCUCGAUCUUUGUACUUCUUCUCUAUAAUCCUCGCAAGAUUGGAGCUUAAUUGCCGAGAAAUUUAGGGUUUUCUCGAAAGGGUAAAGGAUGAGUGUAAAUAGAAUCAAGGAUUUAGGGCUUCCAUUAAUUAAUCUCGUUAAGCUUAGAGGAACACCGAUUUUGCAGCAAUUGCUUCUAGAAGAAAGGCUUCUUAGAUCUUCUUCUGAAAAUUGGUGUAUCAUUAACGAUGGAACCAACUCACCUAACAUUGUCAUGGGUAUGUCUGGGAAGCCAUGUGAACUUGUUGAGCUUGAACCUGUUAUAAGAGAUCAGAUUCCGGUUAUUAAGCGGUUCUCUGGAGGAGGAACUGUGAUUGUUGAUAAAAACACUCUCUUUGUGAGUUUGAUUUGCAAUAGAGAUGAUGUUCCACAUGUUCAGCCUUAUCCACGUUCUGUGAUGGCUUGGAGCGGUUCGUUGUAUAGUGAUGUGUUUAACGGGAUUGGCGAUUUUCAGCUUCGUGAAAACGAUUAUGUUUUUGGUGAUCGUAAAUUUGGUGGAAAUGCUCAGUCGAUAACGAGGAAUAGAUGGAUUCAUCAUACGUCGUUUCUAUGGGACUAUAGUGAGAGUAACAUGGCUUACCUUAAGCUGCCUUCAAGAGUGCCUAAGUACCGGCUUGAAAGAGAUCACACAGAUUUCAUAUGUAGAAUGAAGGAUUAUAUUGAAAGAUCGGUUUUUAUAGAGAAGACCAUAGAGGCGGUGAGAACAAGAUUCACGUUGAAGGAACUUAACUUGGAUGAGAUCGAUGAUUCUUGUAGAGAGCACUUAGAAAACACUAGACUCCUCACAAUGGAUGAGCUUAAAGAAGCAGUGGCAAACACAACUCGGAGUGAGAGUAUUGCUCAAGCUGUUUAAGUCUUUAUACUUAAAGAUUCAGUUUCUAGAGUGGAGCUCAGAGAAUUCUUGCAAUAAACGUGUGCUGGUAAUUUAAUCUUCUGAAACCGAAAAUUCGAAAAAAUAGAGGAACAAAUUCUUGAUUUUCUUGUACAAAUGCAACCUUGUUGUGUUAAAUGCUUCAGAGAUUAAGGUUACAAUAAUGAAGAUUCUUAAUUGAGUUUCUUCUUUUGUUUUCCUUUAAGAAGCUCCUACUCCGAGAAAAUCAAUAAACCUUGGGGGUUUAGUAA